UCCUAUUUCCGGUGCCGUCACGGGACAGAGCAGUCGGUGACAGCCCCGAGGGCCCCCGCCCCGCUCUCAUGGCUGAACCGGACCUUCCUGUGCCUCUCCUAAACCUACCACCUCCACUGCUCCUCUCUCCCAAGCCUGCCUCCCAACCGAGCCUCUGACCCUCUGGAGACCCAGGCAGGGAAGGUGCAGGAGGCUCAGGACGUAGACUCAGACGCUGAGGAAGGCGCAUCUGGAGGAGAAGCAGAGAUGGAUUUCCUGAGGAACUUAUUCUCCCAGACCUUGGGCCUGGGCUCCCAGAAGGAGCGCCUGCUGGACGAGCUCACCCUGGAGGGGGUGGCCCGCUACCUACAGAGCGAGCGCUGCCGCAGGGUCAUCUGUUUGGUGGGAGCUGGAAUCUCCACAUCGGCUGGCAUUCCUGACUUCCGCUCUCCGACCACCGGGCUCUAUGCCAACCUGGAGAAGUACCACCUUCCCUACCCUGAGGCCAUCUUUGAGAUUGGCUAUUUCAAGAAACAUCCAGAACCCUUCUUUGCCCUCGCCAAGGAACUAUACCCCGGACAGUUCAAGCCAACCAUCUGUCACUACUUCAUCCGCCUGCUGAAGGAGAAGGGGCUGCUCCUACGCUGCUACACACAGAACAUCGACACCCUGGAGCGUGUGGCCGGCCUGGAGCCCGAGGACCUGGUGGAGGCCCACGGCACCUUCUACACAUCACACUGCACCAGCCAGCUCUGCCGGCGCGAGUACACGCUGGACUGGAUGAAAGAGAAGCUCUUCUCAGAGGUGACCCCCAAGUGUGAGAAAUGUCAGAGCGUGGUGAAGCCUGACAUCAUCUUUUUCGGGGAGAACCUCCCGGCACGGUUCUUCUCCUGCUUGCAGUCAGACUUCCGGAAAGUGGACCUCCUCAUCAUCAUGGGUACCUCGCUGCAGGUGCAGCCCUUCGCCUCUCUCAUUGGCAAGGCACCACUCUCCACCCCGCGCCUGCUCAUCAACAAGGAGAAGACGGGCCAGACGGACCCCUUCCUGGGAAUGAUGAUGGGCCUAGGAGGCGGCAUGGACUUUGACUCCAAGAAGGCCUACAGGGAUGUGGCCUGGCUCGGUGACUGUGACCAGGGCUGCCUGGCCCUCGCUGACCUCCUUGGAUGGAAGAAGGAGCUGGAGGAACUGGUCCGGAAGGAACAUGCCAGCAUUGACGCCCAGUCGGGGUCAAGCGCUCCCAACCCCACCACCACAGCCUCCCCUGGGAAGUCCCCACCUCCUGCCAAGGCUGAGGCCAGGACCACAGAGGCACAGAAGCCCCAGUGACAACAAACCUCCCAGCAGGAGACCCAACCCCCACCAGCCCCCUCUAACCUGGACCCCUUGUCUGAAGAGCUCAGUCCAUCCCAUCAGGCUCUUAACCACUCCCUCCUGAUGUGGGGACCCCAGCUUCUCCCCACGGAUCUUGGCAAGUUUCUAACACCCCCUAGGGGCCAAGGCCUGAGCAACCUGUCUCUAACAGCCCCAGUCUCUAACCACCCCAGAUGUAAGAAGCAACUUCUCUUAAUCUCUAACUGCUCCCAGGGGCAUCCCAAGACCCCUGUCCCAGGACAGGGGGCUGAGGGCCCACUACCCUCUCUGCUGUUCCCGGGGGCCUGUGGUCAAGUAAACCAAAUCUAACCUCCAGAUGGGGUGUCGGCCCUCCAAGUACAACACCCCAUGGGUGCCUGAAGGGCUCCUGAGGCUCUGCCACCAACACCCAAGAUGGGUGCUGGGCCUCUUCACCCUGGGACCCACUUCCCAUGUGGUGUGGGCAGAAGACUUUACCUAUUGGAGAUAAAUUAAAAAACCCAAAACCAACUAA